GCAGCUGUCAUCUGUCAAUAAGUGCUGCUCGGGCAGGGUUUGCCUGUCCGCCUCUUGACUACUUUCAUCGGCUCUUAAUAAACCGCAUCGUCGCAGAGGAGGGAAACAGACUCGAGAUGGCGAAGAAGACCUUAUCCAGAAAGUCCCUGAAAAGUUUGUUCUCCAAGAGCGACGCCAGCUUGGACCAGGACAAGGACAAGGAUGCGACUAAAGGCGAAGGGGAGAAGAAGAGGUUUGGGUUCUUGAAGUUGAAGACCAAGUCGAAGGACGGCUCUGCCUCCGAGAAGCCGGCUAAUGAGAAGCAGCAGCAGGUGCUCAGUGUUGUUGAGCCCGGUAGUACUCCAGGGGAUGCAGGGGUCGACACUGACGGCGUCGUCGCAGACAACAAGCGCUCUACCAUCUACGCCACUGCACCCAGGGCAAAGGGUAAAGAAUUCAGCUACUCAGAGCUGGACCUCCGCAAGCCCAAAAAGUUUGCCACUUUUUCCUUCGGCCUCAAAAAGAGGAAGAAGAAGUAUGAAGAUUAUAUAUCGAGGAGCACCUAUGUCCUUCACUCACCGGGCGUUGAAGAGCAAGAGGAGAGUGCUAUGGACCUCAGUCAGGUGGAGGUGGAUGAGACAAACGCAAAGAGGAAGUUCACUAUGUCUCAGCCAGAGCUUGAUUCUGGCAAUACAUUCGACAUCCCUUCCCCUCCCCCGCUGUCCGCAAAUCAGGUCUUCGAUUCUCCUAACCAGUUCCAGGCGUCCGUCAUUGUAAACGCCCAAGUAGAAUCACAGGAGCCUCAGACAAAUGGCUCGGAUCGUUUGGAUGUUCACACUGAGAGGCUGAAAGCCCCAAUCGCUUCCAUUCCCGAGCUGACACUGGAUGACCCAGGUUCAUUAGAGGAGAAUGAAAAUAUUCCUGUUUGUGACAAAUUACCCGAAAGUGAUGCCAAAUCCAUUCCUCCUACGACUCAGACAGACACCUCUUCUGUUGUUAACACACCUGUUCUUCCACCCAGCCAGCCACUAGUCGCGCUCAACACCUCGGAUCACAAAGCGGCAGCUGUCAGCUCAGUCUAUGCAACCAACAAUCCGUGUGAUGAAGAUACUUUCCCACAGUCUGAUGAAUCCACCACUGUCACUUUAUCAUACCAUCAACCUGAUGCCCCUGACACGACUGACGGUACAAUCUCGAACAGCGUGUGCUCUCAAGACUCCACCACUGUUACUGAAUCCGCUCUCGAGUCAGCCGUCAGUGCAGAUGCUGCUACCAUCCAUCAUGAAGCUUCAAUCUCUCACGCAGAGAGGUCUGUUCCUGAGUCUGCCAAGAGUGUCGCCACAACUUCGGCUGUUACCGACGAAGCAAGCUCCCGUCCUGUCAGUCAGGCUGCAGUUUAUGGAGCUUUGUACGACUCGCUUUUCCCCCAGAGUUUUACCUCAGAGGUAAUGUCUAUGAUCUCGCACCCAUCGCCUCAAAUCCGAACUGAGGUAAGGCACCUCGACGCCAAAACCGAACCUGAACCCCAAACAGAAACUAUUAGUUUAUACUCACGGGUGUCUAACUCACAUGACUCUAAUGCUUACAGAAUUAACAAUACUGAAAGUGGUGAUGCCUUACUCAAUGAGAAACAGGCAAUUUCUUCUAGUGAGAGCUCCAGAUUUACCUCCUACCAAACUUCUUCUGACUCUUAUCUUCAAAGUAACCGGCCUUCCUCUCUCGUUUCAUACUCUAAACCCGUUGACAGUAAAGGCAUUCCUUACUCAGAGCUCGCCCGCCCCCAUUUAGAGGAGAAAUCGGACAGCAGUGGCCUUGUUCACGACAUUGUCAGACCAGUACCUGUGUGUGAAGAGUCUGCCCCUCCCGUUUCUGUCUAUGUAACAUCCCAGGAGACUGAUGCUCAGGUUACUGGCUCUAAAAGGAGAGUGAUCCUCGUCAAAGAGUUAGUUUCAGACGAGGCAAGCGCUGAUCCUGGCUCUUCCUCUCCCGUGCCUGACAAAAUGAGCACAGCGAAGGGUCUUGUGAUCAAAACCGAAGCGGUGGAGGUUUUUCCCGAACCUCCCAGACAGACCGCCGAGUGUGACAGGGCUUUGAGCCCGGCGUAUCUGAGCGUGGGAUCGGAUGACGGCAGCGCCAUGGAGCUUUACUACAGCGCUGAAGAGGACAAUUCUGCACAGGAGAGCGGGGAUGAAGAGAUGUUCACCGUGGAUGAAAGAGAGGCGACUUUUGUGGUAGAUGGUGGGAAAGAGGUCGGACUGCGCGAGGAGCUUCAGCAACACGGAGAGGGUUCAGGGUUAGGCUGGAGAGACGAGGUAGAUCUGAGGGGGUUGAUUACGGAAAUGGAGAAUAAGGGGGAGAAAAUGGGUAAUGAAGGAAAGAUAGACGACUGGAGUGGCCCAGCUGAACUUCAGCAACAACUAGGAGGUCAGAAGUCAGAAGCUCAAGUGCACAAAACAGGAACGUUAGAGUUCCUUGAAACCAGUGAGGCCAGUGAGAGUCUGGAUGAAGGGGACGCAGUCACACUUUGGAGGCAGGUGACAGAAACAGAGAGAGAGGAGGGGAGAGAGAAGGAGCGACUGGCCACACCGGUUCAGCAGGUGAACACACUGGUGGAAUGCGAUUUUGCCCCACCCUCCGGUGAGCUGCAUGGACAGGGGGGGGCACCAGGGGGGACGUGGACCAUGGACUUGGAGCGAGAAGACCCCUCUUGUGAAGAGAAGCAACUCCCAGUUCAACUGGCUCAUUACCUGACUAGCAAAGAUAUUCUUUCAGAUGAUAUACAUUCCAGUGACAUCAGAGAGGAGGCAGGAAUCACACCCACGUGUACAGAGACAGAGGAGCAAGUUCAACUGACUGAAGACAGGAUAGGUGAAACAAGCAAGGAAGGCAUACAAAUCGUCACAAAAAACACAUCAACAGAUACUUCUGGUUCGGGCGAGGUUGGCUCAUGCAAUCUGACACACAUCGCCACACUGCAAUGUGAUGCCACAGACACCGACAACAAUAGGGCCCCACGGAGUAGCGUGUGGGCGGAUACGAUUAGUCAAAACCUUGAAAGAAACGGCACGACGCCAGAACAGGUGGCAGUUGAGCUGUCGGCUCUGAACGCACACGCACUCCGGCCCGAUAAGGAAGCCGCGGAGGCUCUCUCCCAGAGCCACGAACAUCCAGAGGAAGACCAGCCUGACUUGGAUCAGGGGUCUCUGACGGCUUCAGGGACCACCACAGAAGCUUCGGAAAGUCCCCAGACAAAAGGCAAACAGGAGUCAGUUGCCAAAAUGAAUACGAGCUACAGCAGCCUGAACACCACCUUGAACACGUCUCCCCUCCGGGAGGACGAAUCCAGGCAGCGCUAUCGUAAGCUGUCUCUCAUUAAUGAGGCUGAUGACACCGAUGUCAGCCAGGAUACAGUGGACUUUGCUAAAACAAGCUCCGCUGGGACAGAUUAUACGUGGAGAAAUAGAUUUGAGGGAGUAACUCAGUAUAAACCAAGCAAAAUGGAUGAUUCCUCUUUUUUGGACUCCCUGAGUUACAGAGUGUCCGACAGCAGUUCCAGUAGCUACUCCUUGUCCUCCUCCUCCUCCUUCGCACUCCCCGAGGCAACAGCAUACACGAGCAACACCUACUCCUCCUCCUCCUCCCCCUCCCUAGAGGAACCUAGCACUCUUGGCAACAGACUGAGUGACAGGGCUGAAGUUUAUCUGAGCCGUGAAAGCGAACCUGCGCGAGAUGCGAGAGAAGAGUGGAGGAGGAGGAGCUUAGUGGAGCAGGUGGAGCUUGGUGCACCUGCAGGUGACAUAGACAGACAGGCAGGGAAAGAGUCAGAGAGGAUAAAGUCACACUGGGACACAGAGACUUUCCGUGCUCCUGGCUUCACCUCGACACUCCUGAGCAGUUACGACAGCACCGAUCAUUUUGAAGACGACGAGUCCUCACGAUUCACUGGAGUGUUCCAGGCCACGCGAGUGGAGCUCGUCUCCGACGGUGCACUUCCCCUUUGCACUCCCCCUGCCUCCCCUGACAAGGAGUCCCCCAUCCAGUUUGAAAUGGAUAGCCUGGUGGAUACCCUGAAGAACAUGGGGCCGUCCAUGAGGCCAAGGACCACGGGCCUACGGGCUCCUCCUCCGACCCUCAUCUCCUCGCUGCCUCCAAUUGUGGAGGAUGCUCCGAGCCCGUUCCCCUCGGGCGUGACCGCUGCCCCCAACAGCCCCACAAAGAAGAUGGAGGGCACUUCAGCCGAGUCCCCCAAUGGACUGUACACUCUGCCUGCUGACAUAGGACUGAAGAGGAGCGCCCCCAGGGAUGUUCGUUCUCCUCUGGAGCUGUUGAAGCAAAGUCAGGACCAGCAAGAGAUCAGAACAAGAAACCUGUCCUUGCCCCUCAGAGCAUCUACUGCCAAUAGUAUUGUGAUGAGAAAAGACUCUUCUCCUGAGGAUGCGCAGUCCCCGGUGCUCAAUGGAAACGGAGCAAGUCCAACUUCUGCCCAGAGCUCUCGCCUAGACAACAGCUUCCUCUUCGGAAACUACAGGUCAACGUCCGUGGAUCAGACGCAGGAUAAUGGCAAGACCCAUCUCCCAAUCUUCCGCACCAGCUCGCUGCCGGAAAGGGGGCUCUCGAACGACCGCUUGAGCGCGGGGCUGAAGGAGCCCAGCGACCUGACCACCGGCACCGACCCGCCGGCGUCCCGCUUCGAACGCUUCUCUUUCCUUUUGAAUUCCCCAGGUUCCGGAGCCGAAGACCUGAACACUCGCAUGAGCCAGGCGCCCUCGAUGAGCAUCGGCUCCCCAUCCUCCCACAACAGCCCCACCCGCCUCCUCAGCCCCACCGGCUCCAUUGACCUCCACCGGCCGUACACCCCCACAGACUCUCCCUUAUCUAUGUUUGGCCAGACCGUCGGGAUGGGUUUGGGUGCAGGCACCGGGACAGUGGGCGCUCCCAUCCUGCAGAGGAGCCUCAGCAGUGAUGGCACCAUGGGGGUCCAGACUUCAUUGUUCGGCAGCGUCCAUGGAGGGUCUCAGUUCCAGAGCCAAGAACCUGACAGGAAUUUAGUGUCAAAAUACAGAGCCUUCCCCGACGCCUAUCGCACGAAAGAGAAGGAGCAUGGCAAGCUCAAUCCUCGUCCUGGAAAGAUGUACAUUUUUGACCGGCCGGGGCUGUGCGGCCAAAGGAUCGAGAUACGCAGCGAUGUGGUGGACGCUACGGAAUGGGAGCUGCAGGAAACCAUCUCCAUCAGGGUCGUCAGAGGAGGGUGGGUGCUGUAUGAGAAGCCCAACUUCAAAGGGGAGAAGAUCGCCCUGGACGAGGGAGACAUAGAGCUCACCUACCCCUUCAGCCCCCCGGAGGAGCAGCUGCAGAACGGACAGGGCUCGGGGGAGGAGGCGCAGGACGGAGAGACGAGCGAGGAGCAGGCGGAGACCAAGCCGGCCCGGAGGUUUAUCGUCGGGUCUGUGCGGAGAGCAGUCAGGGACUACAGCGUCCCAGACAUCAGCCUGUUCCCUGAAGAGAACGCGGAGGGGAAGAAGGUCAUCUUCAGAGACACUUCAGAGGAUGCCAGGAUCUUUGGUUUCCCCAUCAAGGCCAAUUCCAUCAUCAUCAACGCCGGGCUGUGGCUCGUCUACGCUGAGCCCUUCUUCCAGGGCGCGCCACGGGUUCUGGAGGUGGGGGGUUACAGUAAUCCAGCAGCCUGGGGAGUGGAAAAGCCAUACGUAGGGUCACUACACCCACUCAAAGUCGGUGAACCAAGAGUGGAGAACAUGACAGAACCUAAGGUGGUGAUCUACGACAAGCCGUACUUCACUGGGAAGUCGAGGACCAUAACCACUAACAUGAGAGACUUCAUGACCAGAAGAGACAAGCAGCAAACCGCCUUCAUGUACAGCGCCGGCUCCAUCAAAGUCGUGGGAGGAAUCUGGGUGGGCUACGAGAAGGAGGGCUUCCGAGGCCACCAGUACCUGCUGGAGGAGGGAGAGUACCACGACUGGAGGGUGUGGGGAGGCUGUGAUGCGGAGCUGCGCUCUUUGAGAGUGAUUCGAGCGGACCUGACAGACCCCAUGAUGGUGAUGUUCGAGCAGCCGGAGGAAGACCAGGAGGGCAUGCAAGAGGAGAACACCUUCGAGGUGACGGAAGCCAUCGCAGACGUUGAGCUGUUCGGUUACAAGACCUCCACGCGCUCCAUCCACGUCCUCAGCGGGGCUUGGAUCGCCUACUCUCAUGUGGACUUCUCUGGUCACCAGUACAUCCUGGAGAAAGGUUUCUACAAUAACUGCGCUGACUGGGGCUCCCAAGACACGCGGAUCUGCUCAGUCCAGCCCAUCUUACUGGCUCCAAGUGAGGAACAAAAGAGUAAGAAUGAGGUAAUACUCUACUCUGAGCCAGACUUCCAGGGCCAGUGUCACGUCUUUGACCGCAACGAGGAAGCAGUCCCAGAGAAACUGCUGUGCAAGUCGUGCCGAGUUUCAGGUGGAAGCUGGGUGCUUUACGAGGACAAACAGUACUCUGGGAACAUGUAUGUCCUAUCAGAUGGGGACUACCCAACUUUAACCAGCAUGGGCUGCCCCCCCGGCUCCACCAUCCGCUCCCUCAAGGUUGUGCCGACGAUGUUCUCGGUUCCCUCCAUCUCCCUGUUUGGCCUCGAGUGUCUGGAGGGCAGGGAGAUCACCACCGACACCGAGAUCCUCAGUUUGGUCGAGGAGGGCUUCAACAACCACAUCCUCUCCGUCAGAGUCAACAGCGGCUGCUGGGUGAUAUGUGAGCACAGCAACUACAGGGGGCGCCAGAUCCUCUUGGAACCCAUUGAAAUCACCAACUGGCCAAAGUUUAGCUCAAUGCACACCAUUGGCUCCAUGUACCCAGUCAGACAGAAGCGGCAAUUCUUCCGUGUCAAGAACAAAGACAGCGGCCACUUCAUGUCCGUUCAGGGGGGAGUGGAGGAAAUGAAAUCUGGACGAGUGGUGGUGACGCCAGAGGCGGAGCCGAUGAGUGACAUCUGGUUCUACCAGGAAGGACUGAUAAAAAGCAAGAUGUCCCCGACCAUGAGCCUUCAGGUGAUGGGUAACGUAGAGCCGGGAUCGAAGGUGGUUUUGUGGACAGAGAACAGACAGCCAGUCCAAACCUGGACAGCCCACAUGAGAGGCCGCAUCACUAACCUUACUUUCCCUGGCAUGGUCCUGGAUGUUAAAGGUGGCAAAACGUAUGACAAGGACCAUGUGGUGGUGAUGUCAGAGAACGACGAGAGGCCGAGCCAACAGUGGGAGAUAGAGCUGCUGUAACAGCACUUGCCUUUUCAACCCAAGAACUUUUCCUAAGUAUCUGCCCGGCUAACGCUGCCCCGCGAUGUAAUAUAGUCCAGCGUCUGGAAAUUAACAAUUAAAUGAAGCAAUACAAGCCCUGAAAAGCUGCAAGUUUUGUCAAGUUUGUAUGUAAUGUCGUUCAGUUUUCCUGUGAUGCCGUAAAGAGCCGUAGAGCCGAGGGUUCAUCCGUUAAAAGGCAAGUGUGUACGUGACGACACUACUGUAUAGGGAUAAUAUGGAGGUUGUGGUUUUAUUGAGGACUUUGCGCUUUAUCGCACCACUCGGCAAGAAUUUGAGUAUUCAAACUAGAACCUCAUUACUUUCAUUGGAUUCUGAGCCCAUGCUUAUUUUCCACCUGCACGAGCUUAUGAAAUCCACACUCAUCUAACUCUGUUUACUCAAAACCCAAACCACGAUUGAAUUGCUUUUUGACGCUGAUUUCCUGGAGAGAACACCAAGUUCCUUACCUGUACUUUAUUCUGACACUGGAUAAAUGAAGCCAAAAGAAUAUGUGGCAUCUAAGAAAUUGAUGCUUUUUUUUAAUACUAUGUUGUUUAUAUAUCACUGUUACGCUCUGUGGGAAUUGUUCCAGUUAUGCAGUAUAUGUCGUUGCAUGGUGUAGUGCAAUGAGCUGGGUUGCGUGAGUCCAGUUUCUGUCAGGUUCCUUUUAUUUCUUGGUAUGUCUUUACGUCAUCAGCUAUAUGUUAAUAUUUGAUACUAAAGGUGUAUAAAGUCAGAUGCUAUGUAUGAGGGAGAGGUUUUAAAAUAUUCAAAAAAUCUAAAUAAACACAGUGGAACGAAA